AUAGCCAUCAGUACUUCCGCUGACAGAGACGUGAGUGAACGUGGAGUGCGAGUUAAAGUUCUAGGACGUUCAGGAGGGUUACGAUUAGUGCGAGAGUCGGGAAAGAGGAGGGAUAUCUCAAAAAAUGACGGUGUUCUUGUAGUGGAAAUAGAUUAUAUAAAACAGAAGAAUGAGCAGGGAAGAGAUGUUGGUAAACCGGUAUCAACUCUAGCCAACCAAGACUUCGCCAUUGCUGUUAACAAGAGCGCUAACUAUCAAGGUCAGUUAUUGUAUAAUCUGAUUCUAUAAACAAUGUACUGAGUACUAGAUGUUCUGUGAGUGUGAUCGUUGCCUUUGAUGUUAAUAUAAUAUAGCAAUUCCGACAAAGGUUGUCAGACAAAAUGUACAUACAACAAUCCCGAAUAAUAAUAUGGAAUAUGAAGAUGUAGCUGUGGAACCUACUUUUUUUCGCUUACCUUUAGCCCUCGCAAAGAUACGUCCAUUGCCUAUCAAGCCAUUCUUUCAAAUUUCUUUGAAGAAAAAUGUACUCAAAACCACCCACAAUAACUUUAGGGAUUGUCGCGUUCACUUUUUCCGAUAACCUUUCUAGAAAUCACUGCAUCUACACACGGCUGACUCAACGGCAGAAAUUUCAACUCCCUUUCAUUAACAUGACAUGCAGUAAAUAUUUCGAUGGCAUUUAUUAUUUUUUUUAUCAUCAUCAUUAUCAUUAUCAUUAAUUUUUUGUCAUUGCUAUAGGUAACAGGUAAGAGGAAAAGGCCCAAACGGCCGGAGCUUUUCCCGGUUUCCUUCGCAUGGAGUAUUGAAACUCCCUCCCUGGAUGGGAUGCUAGUCCAUCGCAGGGUUACCCCCCAGCAGUGUCGUAGGUACCCAGUUACAGAGCGUCUUCACUCACGUGGCAUCAUACCUCGCAAAUUUCGUACUGGUACCAUUCAUUCCUGUCUCUUAAUGUUUCUCCUCCCCUUUUAUUUAUUUAUUUAUUCAUUUAUUUUACUUAAUUAUUCAUAUUUUCAUUUAUUGCGUAUUGAUUUUUACUAGGAGUUAGCGCCGCCCACAUCAACUUGAAGUCUUACCUGGCCGCUCCAAAAGCCCAUCUCAUCGCUGACAUUUACAUCUUCCGUGCAACUGGAAAUGUCACUUUUGGCAAUGAAACAACUGAAGUGCAGAACGGCACCAUGAAAUUCUUCGUGCAGGUUGAUUCUCUAACCCCCCACCAAACACACCCUAUGAUUUGCUUUAGAAAAUGUUGUAGAAAGGAAGGGGGAGUUUCUGUAGGGGCUGGUGGAGGAAGGAGCGCAAUUUACCAAAAGAAAACAGUCAACUCCAGCACAUUAGCAGUUGGUUACUUUUGCCCUAGUUUUUUAAGACUUAGGGAGACAAAGUGUUUAACUCAGUCUUUUCCCCUUGAAAUAGUAAACACUAUUAAAUGUAUUAGAAGUGCACGCGCAAUGAUACUUUAAGCAAAUAAUAGUAGUUAUAACUGGUCAGGGCAUUAGAUAAACUCUAUUAAAUGUAUUAAAAGUUAAGAUAAAAAGUUUCUUUUGUAAAAAACAUCUAGUUGAUACCUAUACCAACGCUCUUGAUACUAGAUAGUUUUCCACAGUUUUUUCUUAAGGUAACUGUCUCAUUUCAACCCAUUGUAGUGAAAAUUAUGGCAGACAGUCCAAACAGUAAAUUUUAUCAUCUAAACAAUCAAAAAUUCUUAAAUUGCAUCUUCAAAAAUGGCAUUGUGCAUUUAUUAUUCGAAAUUUGUUUUGGAAAUUUAAAAAGAGAGCAUCGGAUAUACCAUAUACUCUCUGUUGCAGUGACUAUUGUUAUGACUUAAACUGUUAACUAACUCUGAGAAGGUAAUCUUAUAUGAUAACCACAGAAUAUUCCAACAAUUCGUUUUGUAGAUUAAAAACUACACUUUCUGCGAUGGACAAGUUAUACCUUCCAUCUGCAAAGCAAACGAAACUGGAAAAUACCUUGAGGUGGCAAUUGUUGUGAAGGGCAAAAAGGGAGAAACGCCCAAACUGGAGAAUGAGGCCGAUAGAAAGAAAAGGGAGGGCCGACGUCCAACUAUCAAAAGACCCAAAGGAAUGCGAUGUCCUGUAAGUAAGGAUGGAUGCCCCGUGACUUACAGUAUUGGCAACGACACUAUCGGAUUGUCCAAAGAGGUAAGAAGAGUACAUUUUUUUCCACGUGCACAACAUCAGUCGUGAUCGAGCUUCGAUAGCCGAGCCAAUUUUGAAGUUUUGCUUGACAGCUGGGUCGAUCUUGUGUCUAAUUGUACUAUGAGUCUGUUCUCGGUAGGCUACUUUUACGCACGACUCACUUUUAUUUAAGAAAAGAGGGAACAGAAGAAAACCUAUUCAAACGAAAACUAGAAAAACCGUGAACAACGUGGUUUAGUAUAAUCUGCUUCACAGCCGUUCUUUGUGUCGUCACGCAAGGCUCCUCCCCAAAAACGGAUGCUAAUCAAACCACAUUCAUUUCCGCAUAUCAUCCAUUGAGGUUUCUGCUUCUAUUUUCUACGUGUUUGUACCACGUUUAAAGUACGGGGGGAGGAGCGUUGCGUGACGAAACAAAGAGCGGCUACGGAACAGACUAGUUUUAGUGCGGUGGGACCUUUUUAAAGGUAAAGCUAACAAGGGCAUUGUUAGUGGCCACACGCCGUUACCAGGUUCAAAAUCUGUUGUAAAUGCUAAUUUAACUAAAUUCAUGUUGUAUAAGUAGUACAAUUUAAUAAGAAUGGCUGUGGUGUAGCGUUACCUUAGAAACGUUCCUUUUUUAUGAACAUCCAUGAAUGGGAGAUUAGACCUAUUUUUACCAAGAAAAAUCACUCAAUUAAUCAUUAACUGGAGUUUUUACAUUUAUUGUCCCUUCUGACGAGAUUCAUUUACUGAUAUUUCAGUGCAAAAAUGACGGCGAGAAUAUAAAGAUGCCUAUGGGAUACCCCAUGUUCGUGAGGCAAGGCAGCAAAAACAGGUUCAUCUUCCGAUGCAACAAGUUUAACAGAACCGUCAUCUUUGACCCAUACUUAGAAGUGAGUGAAGGGGAUGACACAGGUGACAGCAGUCCGAUGCCUCCUACCGAGAACGCGACUUCUAUCCAUGUGAAUGUUUUCAUGUUUAUAACAUUGCUUGCCACUUUUUUCAUGUAA